AUGUCAAUGCAGAGGAUUGUGCGUGUUUCCCUGGAGCAUCCAACCAGUGCCGUGUGUGUGUCUGGAGUGGAGACCCUUGUGGACAUUUAUGGGUCAGUGCCCGAGGGCACAGAGAUGUUCGAGGUCUAUGGAACCCCAGGCGUGGACAUCUAUAUCUGCCCCAGCAUGGACAGGCACUGCCGAGAGCGCGCAGAUAUCAGGCGAUGGCAGUUCAAUAAAGGCCUGGAGAUCAUCUUGGUCAUGAACUCUCCCAGCAAUAAUGUCAACGACAGCCAUAUUCAAAUUUCCUACCAUUCCAGCCAGGAGUCUGUACCCCUGGCCUAUGCCGUGCUCUACCUCACCUGUGUGGAAAUCUCUCUGGAUUGUGACAUGAACUGUGAGGACAGGCAAGACAGAAGAUUUGUGGACAAGGAACAGUGGGUCUGGGGACCCAAUGGCUAUGGUGCCAUCCUACUGGUGAACUGUGACAAGGACGAUGUGAGCUCUAAUAACCGGGACAACUGCGAUAAGAGUGUUCAAUGUCUGCAAGACCUAGAGGACAUGUCUUCCAUGGUCCUGCGCACCCAUGGGCCUGCCGACCUCUUCGAGGACUACAAGCUCGUACUCCACACGUCCAACUAUGAUGCCCAGCGGGCCCGGGUCUUCCAUGUCUGUGGCCCCAAGGACUCAUGUGACUCCUACAAGCAUGUGCUGGGUCAGGACAAGGUAUCAUAUGAUGUACCCCGCUUCCAUGGUGAUGAGGAGCAUUUCUAUGUGGAAGGUUUGGCCUUCCCUGAUGCUGGCUUCCGAGGGCUGCUCUCCUUCCAUGUCACCCUACUGGAUAACUCCAAUGAGGAUUUCUCCCAGACCCCAAUCUUCACUGACACUGUGGUAUUCCGAGUGGCGCCUUGGAUCAUGACACCAAGCACACUGCCACCACUGGAGGUGUAUGUAUGUCGGGUGAAGAACAACACAUCAUUUGUGGAAGCUGUGGGGGAACUGGCUAGGAUGGCUGGCUGCAAGCUGACCAUCUGCCCGCAAACAGAGAACCGCAAUGACCGCUGGAUCCAGGAUGAGAUGGAGCUGGGCUAUGUGCAGGCUCCACACAAGACCUUCCCAGUGGUGUUUGACUCUCCCAGAAAUGGGCACCUGCAGCAUUUCCCCUACAAGAGAAUUCUGGGCCCAGAUUUCGGCUAUGUGACACGAGAACCACAAGACAAAUCUGUGAGUGGCCUGGACUCCUUUGGGAACCUGGAGGUCAGCCCCCCAGUGGUGGUCAACGGCAAGGACUAUCCCCUGGGGAGGAUCCUCAUUGGAGGCAACCUGCCUGGGUCGGCUGGCCGAAGGGUCACACAGGUGAUACGGAACUUCCUUCAUGCACAAGGGGUGCAGCCUCCUGUGGAACUCUUCGUGGACUGGCUGUCUGUGGGCCAUGUGGAUGAGUUCCUGAGCUUUGUUCCUGCCCCUGAUGGGCAAGGCUUCCGAAUGCUUCUCGCCAGCCCUAGCUCCUGUUUUAAACUGUUCCAGGAGAAGCAGAAAUGGGGUCAUGGCAAGGCCCUCCUGUUCCAAGGGCUUGUUGGCAGUGCGCCGGUCAACACUGUCUCCAUUAACCAGGUUCUAGCUGACAAAAACUUCAUCAAAUACAAUAAGUUUGUACAGAGCUGUAUCGACUGGAACCGGGAGGUGCUGAAGCGGGAGCUGGGCCUGACAGAGCGGGACAUCAUCGACAUCCCCCAGCUCUUCAGGACUGAGAGGAAAAAGGCCAUGGCCUUCUUCCCUGAUUUGGUGAACAUGCUAGUGCUUGGCCAAUACCUGGGUAUCCCCAAGCCCUUUGGACCUAUCAUCAAUGGCCGCUGCUGCCUAGAAGAGAAGGUGCGGGCUCUGUUGGAGCCACUGGGUCUGCAUUGUACCUUCAUCGACGAUUUCACCCCAUACCACAUGCUGCACGGGGAGGUGCACUGUGGCACCAACGUUCGUCGGCAGCCCUUCUCCUUCAAGUGGUGGCAUAUGGAGCCUUGA